UUAAAAUGGAAUUCGUGGGACUUUUCCUGUUUCUGACGUUUCAUUCCUGUUUCUCACUACCAGAGCAAGGGAAAUGGGUAACUCAGAUGAACAAUGUCCAACCAGGUAACCACUAUGUUGCUUUCACAAAGAGCAUGUAUAACCAGUCAACUGUGUCCUUACAGGUUGAAUGCUCCUCAGAAAACGCAGAUUGUAAAGUUGGUUUAUCUUGGAUUUUAAGAUAUAGUCCGUGUGCAGAGGAGUACAUCAAUCUUGAUGUUGACGGGUAUAAUAGGAAAGAGGUCUACUUUAAUAUUCCAUACUUCAAACAGAUCGACUAUGAGUACCAGUACGCCUAUUAUCUUAGAAGCCAAAGUGAAACCUUAGCAUGUCAAGAAAAUAUUCAUCUCAAGGAUUAUAGAAAUGCUAAUUUUACGGUGCAUAAAGUGGAAACAAAGGAAAGCAUGAAUAAUAUCACAGUAGGGGCUGCUGAAGGAUCUUCACAGAAGCAACAGGAUAUAAAUCCAGCUGUAAAUCCACCAGCUGCAAAUCCACCAGCUACAAAUCCACCAGCUACAAAUCCUCCAGCUGUGAAUCCUCCAGCUGUGAAUCCUCCAGCUGUGAAUCCUCCAGCUGUGAAUCCUCCAGCUGCGAAUGUUCCUGCCAGUACUGGAAAAGCUGCAGAAACGCCUUCUAAAACAGCCAAUGAAGCAUCCAAAGAACAACCCAACAAAGAAACACCUGCCAGUAAAUCUAAAAGAAGCCCUGAGGAACAACCUGCAAACACCAAAGAUGCUGCAGUGCCACCAACUGUGAAAGCAACAACUGCAGCAGCAAAUAAAGGGAAGCAACCUAAGCCAGGGGGAGGGAACCCAAACUAUGUGAUAGCAAAGACUUGGGAAGAUGGAAUCUACCUUUUGGUUGUUAAUAUAUGGACACCCGGUGAAUCUGAAAAUCAAGGAAAGGAAGAUAAAGAUAAAACAUUCAAUAUUACAAUGACUGUUCAGAUGAAAGCAGAACACGGAUUUCUGUCUGCAAUUGAGUGGCCAUUACUUGUGUUUUAUGGUGUGAUGUGUAUAGUGUAUGUGAUCUAUGGCCUAGUGUGGCUGGUUCUACUAGCCUGUAACUGGAGGGAUAUUCUACGCAUUCAGUUCUGGAUAGGUGGCGUCAUUGUGCUAGGUAUGUUAGAAAAGGCCAUUUUCUAUGCGGAAUACCAGACGAUAAAUAGUACUGGAAGUUCAGUAAAGGGGGCAGUAGUGUUUGCCGAGCUAGUAUCGUGUCUAAAGAGGACAGUUGCCAGGAUGUUGGUUGUCAUUGUCAGCAUGGGUUUUGGCAUCGUCAAGCCUAGAUUGGGACCCAUGCUUCACAAGGUCCUCGGAAUGGGGGGUCUCUACUUCAUCUUAGGAUCAGUGGAGGGAUGUCUCCGUGUGCUCAAGCCUAAGGGAGAUACAACUAACCAAGCACUGUUAGCAAGCAUUCCAUUGGCUGUGUUAGAUGCAUCCAUCUGCUGGUGGGUAUUCACCAGUUUGAUGCAAACAGUUAGAACUUUGAGACUUAGGAGGAAUAUUGUUAAACUUUCCUUGUAUAGACAUUUUACAAAUACUUUAAUAUUCACUGUAAUAGCAUCUGUGGGAUAUAUGAUAUGGUCCAUAAAAAUGCACAAAUUUACUGCCUGUCUAUCUGACUGGAAGGAAAUUUGGGUUGAUGAUGCUUUUUGGCAUUUGCUCUUCUCCGUCAUGCUAGCAGUGAUUAUGAUACUCUGGAGACCAACUAAUAAUAAUCAAAGAUAUGCCUUCUCCCCACUAUUAGAUGCUGCAGAUGAAGAAGAUGUUGAACCUUUAGUCAGUGACGCAUUUGAUACUGUAAAGAUGAGGGGACUGAAAGGCCAGAAUGGUUCUCCCAGGCAGAAAACUCCAAAUGAUAAAACUGAGGAGGAUCUCAAAUGGAUAGAAGAGAAUAUUCCCGCAUCUGUAGCUGAUACAGCACUGCCAGGAAUAUUGGACUCGGAUGAAGAAAUAAUGACAACUAAAUAUGAGAUGUCCAAAAUGCAAUAAUGGGAAUAGGACCAUUGGGCUACAGUCUGCAGUUCAACUGCAAUGGCCAUGGAUUUCUUGUGGUGGUGAUUAGAUUUUCUUCGAGUGUCACAGGAAGAUAUUCUCCCAUGUGUCAUAGGAUGAAAAUCAGGGUUAUCUGACUUCCAUUGAAGACAUUGUUAAAGGGUCAUCUUUUGCUCCUACAAUUUUCCCAGAUUGAUAAAUUCUAGAAGCCAAAUUACUUUCCACAACUGACCUAAAAAGCAGAAAAUUUAGUUAUUUUUCUGUUUCAAAACUUCUGGUUGUUUACAUGAUUUUCUUGGAUACUGACGAAUAGAACAGUUUGUUUUUGGAGGAGUUUUAGAAAUGUAAUGAAAAGUAGACCUGGUGUUUUACAAUUUGGAAAUAACUACAGAACACCUGUGUAAAUGGAACACCUUUGUUGAAAAGUGUUCUACUUGAGAGGUGUUUCUUUUAGUGGGGAUCAUUUGAAGUUCGGUAUCAUUGGACUCAUGGUCAUUGGGCUCAUGGGGUCUUCACUAUACUAUGGUGGUGACAUAAUUGACCUAUUUGUGCUAUUA